GGUCUGUGACGCCUUAGCCAUUGUAUGUCCCCGCCCACCAGGAGCUAAUCGAAGUUCUAUGAUUGUGGGAACAAAUACUGACUUGGUGAGACGCCUUAUAACUCCAUUAGUGACGGAAGAGAGAUCUACUUCAGAGGAGAUGCACCCGAUGUUGCGGCCAAUCUACCAGCGGAUUAUUCAAGAACAGAGGGCCCCUGCAGAAGUGGGACGGCUUUGGAGAUUAGAAAGAGCAGAGAAGGUCUUACAGCCAGGAGAAAUGACUAGUUUCCGGGCCUCAGUCAAGUUGAAUUGGUCACAACCAGGCCCCUAUGUGGUCCUGGAAACUGAUCCCAGAAAUAUGAUGAGAUCUGGAGUGGAAUUGGUGCCUGAGAUAAUAUCCACCAGAGCUCUACAGCGGGCCCGUGGGAGAGUCUCUGUAAGUGUAUGCAAUGUGUCAGACUCCCCAGUGACCUUGAAGGCACGGAUGCCGAUUGGACAAGUGGCCACUGCCACACCCCUCUCACCCACUAAAUUGAUAGAUGGAGUAGACAGAGAGAUCCCAGCUGAACGAUUCUAUCCUAAAGAUGCCCCUGUCUCGCCUGAGUGGAAGAAGCGAAUUCAGUCUCAGCUCCUCAAGUGGCAAGAUUUAUUCUCCAAGGAUGAGUUUGAUGUGGGGUGUGCUAGGAGCACUCAGCACCGCGUUCGCCUCCAAGAUGACAAGCCCUUUCGAGAAAGGUCACGGCGAGUCCCAUUGGGAGAUCUAGAUGACCUAAGGGAACAGCUGGCUGAAUUGAAAAGGACCAGGAUAAUCCAAGAAUCCAGGAGUCCUUAUGCCUCACCCAUCGUGGUAGUUCGCAAGAAAAACGGUUCCAUCCGUUUGUGCAUAGACUACCGCACACUCAACCAAAGAACCAUUCCCGACCAAUACACUACUCCUCGAAUAGAAGAUGCCUUACAGUGUCUGUCAGGAGCAAAGUGGUUUAGUGUACUUGACCUGCGAAGUGGAUAUCACCAGAUACCCAUGCAUCCUGAAGAUAAAGAGAAGACUGCUUUCAUCUGUCCACUGGGAUUCUUUGAGUUUAAUAGAAUGCCCCAAGGCCUCACAGGAGCCCCAGCAACUUUCCAACGACUAAUGGAAAAGACGGUGGGAGACAUACACCUGAUCGAGGUACUAGUGUAUCUAGAUGACCUAAUAGUCUUCGGAAGAACACUGGAAGAACAUGAGCAGCGGUUGGAAAAGGUCUUGAAGCGGCUGCAUGAAGAAGGAUUGAAACUUUCCUUAGAGAAGUGUCAGUUCUGUCUGCCUUCAGUCACGUACCUGGGACAUGUUGUUUCAGCAGAAGGCAUAUCAACUGAUCCUAAGAAGUUGGAAGCUGUGGCUUCAUGGCCGAGACCUCGUAAUAUUACUGAACUCCGGUCCUUCCUAGGAUUCUGCUCAUACUAUAGGAGGUUCGUAGAGGGGUUUGCCAAGAUAGCUCAGCCUCUGAACACGCUUCUAAGAAUGGAAGGAGCAGAAGAUGAAUCAAUGAAGCCUCGUGAAUCAAUCCAGGAGGAAUGGACCGACCAAUGUGAAAAAGCUUUCCUCCAAUUGAAAGGAAGUCUAACACAGGCUCCUGUCCUUGCCUACGCUGAUCCUGCCAAGCCUUAUGAACUACAUGUGGAUGCUAGCAGAGAAGGGCUAGGAGGAGUACUAUACCAGGAAUAUGAUGGCCUCCUGAGACCGGUGGCAUAUGUGAGUCGGGGUCUCACCCCUUCUGAAAAGAAUUACCCCACUCACAAGUUGGAGUUCCUGGCCUUGAAGUGGACAGUGGUGGACAAACUAAAAGACUACCUGUACGGGGCCAAUUUCGUGGUCAGAACUGACAACAACCCACUCACUUACAUUCUCACUACGGCCAAACUGGAUGCCACUGGGCACCGGUGGUUGGCUGCCCUGUCAGGAUUCCGCUUCAGCCUCAAAUAUCGCCCUGGGGUCAAUAACCAAGACGCGGAUGCCUUAUCCGAUGACCAUGGUCACUUAGGAGCAGAGAGAACUUUUAAACUGGUCCGAGACAGAUUCUAUUGGCCCUGCAUGAGAACCGAAGUUGAAAGCUACUGCCAUUCCUGUCUAAGAUGUAUCCAGAGGAAAACUUUACCUUCUAGGACUGCUCCAAUGAGCCAUCUACAGAGUCAAGGGCCUAUGGACCUGGUGUGUAUUGACUUCCUGUGCUUAGAGCCUGACACUAGUGGACAGGGAAAUAUCCUAGUGGUGACAGACCACUUUACCCGUUAUGCUCAAGCUUUUCCAACCAAAGAUCAACGUGCUCCUACUGUAGCCAAAGUCCUAGUAGAAAAGUUCUUUGUUCAUUAUGGUCUACCUCAGAGGAUCCAUUCUGAUCAAGGCAGAGACUUUGAAAGUCGACUCAUCAGGCAGCUCUUGGAUCUAUUGGGGAUUCAGAAGUCAAGAACCUCCCCCUAUCACCCCCAGGGUGAUGCACAACCGGAGAGAUUCAAUCGGACUCUGCUCAAUAUGUUGGGAGGUUAUGUGGAUAGACUGAGGAGAAACCUGGCUUCUGCAUUUGAGAAGGCCCGUUUGACAUCCGGGAGUAGAGAACAAAGAAACAAACGGAACUAUGACUUGAGGGUUCGGGUACAGGAUUUACAGCCAGGUGAUCGAGUUCUAUUAAGAAAUUUGGGUGCUUCGGCCAGACACAAACUAGCUGAUAGAUGGAGUUCUCAGAUCUACAUCGUCUGUAAACAAUUGCCUGGCCUGCCAGUGUACCAGAUUCGACCAGAGGGAAAGACCGGGCCACUGAAGAAUUGGCAUCGGAAUCAUCUCCUACCUCUGAAUGAAGCUGUGCGGGUACCAGAUAGAGAUGAGUCUCCUUCACCCAUUCCAUCCACUUCCCGUCAAGCACCUGUUACUCGGUCCCAACAGCCACCUUCUACAAGAGAAAGUGAGGACGACAGCGAUGAGGAAGAUGUGUGUCCGAGUUGGAUGUGGCCAUCUGAACCUAUGGAUGUUCAUCCAACUAUUAUGACUCCUGAGCCGGAUUUGAGCAAUCUGAGACCAGAUGCCCCUGAAUUUGUGCCUCAAGCAAACGAGGAUAAUUCUGUACCCUCUCAAGUGGAAAGUCUCUUGCCGGAAACCUCAGUGCUAGAAGAUACCCCUGUUGAGCCAGUUGAAAAGGAAACUGAAUUCCCUCAGUUAACACAGCAAGUAGAAGAGGACUCAGCAGAUGAAGGCCCAUCCGGGUUUCUAGAAUCAAGGUCCAAACGACUGGUGCGACCUCCUCAGAGACUCACUUAUGACUCACCAGGGAACAGCACAGAGGAAGCUAUCACUACUGUACGCAGAUCACCCAAAGUGUCCACCCUAACCACAGAGCGCAAGAAAAACGGUUCCAUCCGUUUGUGCAUAGACUACCGCACACUCAACCAAAGAACCAUUCCCGACCAAUACACUACUCCUCGAAUAGAAGAUGCCUUACAGUGUCUGUCAGGAGCAAAGUGGUUUAGUGUACUUGACCUGCGAAGUGGAUAUCACCAGAUACCCAUGCAUCCUGAAGAUAAAGAGAAGACUGCUUUCAUCUGUCCACUGGGAUUCUUUGAGUUUAAUAGAAUGCCCCAAGGCCUCACAGGAGCCCCAGCAACUUUCCAACGACUAAUGGAAAAGACGGUGGGAGACAUACACCUGAUCGAGGUACUAGUGUAUCUAGAUGACCUAAUAGUCUUCGGAAGAACACUGGAAGAACAUGAGCAGCGGUUGGAAAAGGUCUUGAAGCGGCUGCAUGAAGAAGGAUUGAAACUUUCCUUAGAGAAGUGUCAGUUCUGUCUGCCUUCAGUCACGUACCUGGGACAUGUUGUUUCAGCAGAAGGCAUAUCAACUGAUCCUAAGAAGUUGGAAGCUGUGGCUUCAUGGCCGAGACCUCGUAAUAUUACUGAACUCCGGUCCUUCCUAGGAUUCUGCUCAUACUAUAGGAGGUUCGUAGAGGGGUUUGCCAAGAUAGCUCAGCCUCUGAACACGCUUCUAAGAAUGGAAGGAGCAGAAGAUGAAUCAAUGAAGCCUCGUGAAUCAAUCCAGGAGGAAUGGACCGACCAAUGUGAAAAAGCUUUCCUCCAAUUGAAAGGAAGUCUAACACAGGCUCCUGUCCUUGCCUACGCUGAUCCUGCCAAGCCUUAUGAACUACAUGUGGAUGCUAGCAGAGAAGGGCUAGGAGGAGUACUAUACCAGGAAUAUGAUGGCCUCCUGAGACCGGUGGCAUAUGUGAGUCGGGGUCUCACCCCUUCUGAAAAGAAUUACCCCACUCACAAGUUGGAGUUCCUGGCCUUGAAGUGGACAGUGGUGGACAAACUAAAAGACUACCUGUACGGGGCCAAUUUCGUGGUCAGAACUGACAACAACCCACUCACUUACAUUCUCACUACGGCCAAACUGGAUGCCACUGGGCACCGGCAGAGACUUGAAAGUCGACUCAUCAGGCAGCUCUUGGAUCUAUUGGGGAUUCAGAAGUCAAGAACCUCCCCCUAUCACCCCCAGGGUGAUGCACAACCGGAGAGAUUCAAUCGGACUCUGCUCAAUCCACCUUCUACAAGAGAAAGUGAGAACGACAGCGAUGAGGAAGAUGUGUGUCCGAGUUGGAUGUGGCCAUCUGAACCUAUGGAUGUUCAUCCAACUAUUAUGACUCCUGAGCCGGAUUUUGAGCAAUCUGGAGACCAGAUGCCCCUGAAUUUGUGCCUCAAGCAAACGAGGGGAUAA